AUGGAUGAAGCUGCAGAUGAUUCCAAACUGGCUCUUCAAAAUGACUGUGAAUCCCUACAGAUACAUGUAGAAGUUCACCAGAAAUCAAACAGCACUGCAAAGAAAGAAGAUAUCAGAGCAAAUGUCUUAAAGCUACUAAAGCAUAGUGUUGUCUUUGGUGAUUAUAAAUGGACUGAAUUUGAUGACUAUUUUCUAACAAAUAAUGUGCAAUCGAUUGCAAUUGUGGAUACAGAGCUAAAGCUGAAAGAAAGACAGCCUAUUAGCUUACGUAGAUGCAGUCUUUCAAUCCAUAUUUUUCAUCUCAAUGAAGAAGGGCCCAGUGCGGAAAAUCUGGAGUCAGAAGAUGAAGAUAUUGUUGCAGCUAACCACUGGAUAUUGCCUACAGUUGAAUUCCAUGGUUUGUGGGAGAGCCUUAUUUAUGAUGCUGAAAUAAAAUCAAAUCUAUUAGAUUAUGUGACUACAACUUUGCUAUUCUCUGACAGAAAUGUCAACAGCAACUUGAUAUCAUGGAACAGAGUUGUCCUACUGCAUGGUCCUCCAGGAACUGGUAAAACAUCUCUCUGCAAAGCACUGGCUCAGAAACUGACUAUUAGACUUUCCCAAAGGUACCGCUAUGGACAGUUGAUAGAGAUAAAUAGUCAUAGCCUCUUCUCUAAGUGGUUUUCUGAGAGUGGCAAACUUGUUACAAAAAUGUUCCAGAAGAUUCAAGAGUUAAUUGAUGACAGAGAUGCCCUUGUAUUUGUGCUGAUUGAUGAGGUGGAAAGUCUCACAGCAGCUCGUAGUGCUUUUCGGGCAGGCACUGAGCCUUCUGAUGCAAUCCGUGUUGUAAAUGCUGUCUUGACACAAAUUGAUCAGAUCAAAAGGUACCCUAAUGUGGUUAUCUUAACUACAUCAAAUAUCACAGAGAAAAUUGACGUGGCCUUUGUAGAUAGAGCAGAUAUCAAGCAAUACAUUGGGCCUCCUUCUGUUGCAGCAGUAUUCAAAAUCUACCUUUCUUGCUUGGAAGAACUAAUGAAGUGCCAAAUAAUAUAUCCUCGUCAGCAGCUACUGACACUCCGUGAGCUAGAGAUGAUUGGUUAUUUAGAAAACGACGUGUCAAAAUUGAGCCUCAUAUUAAAAGAAAUUUCAAGGAAAAGUGAAGGACUUAGUGGCCGUGUCUUAAGAAAACUUCCUUUUCUGGCCCAUGCACUUUACAUUCAAACCCCCAGCAUUACAAUGGCAUCUUUCCUUCAAGCCCUGUCACUUGUGGUGGACAAACAAUUUGAAGAAAGAGCAAAACUUUCAGAUUGUGUUUGACAUCUUCAUUUCUUCUUUGGCUACUAUACUGUACAUCCUACUUCUCUUAGUUGCAUUGUUUUAUUACAUAACCAUUGGAACUUAUUAAGUAUAUGUUCUUAACAGAAGUAAUGUCUGUUC